AUGGCGGCCGGCGCCUUGCCGGCGUUUGAUCCGGAAGACUACAGCUGGUCCGAAGCACCGCCUCCCGUGAGGGCCAACCGGCCGGUCAUCGCCGUCAACCCCACAAAAGCCGACAAUAUUGUCUUCGUGUCGACACGCUUCCAUCCUCUACCUGAACUUGAGCUCGUUGGGCGUUGCUUUCUUACCUAUACGCUCGACCGCGGAACCACCUGGAAUAACGUCACAGCGGAUUUCCCCUUAGGUGCCACGCCGAAGUGUGGCGAGCCACAGGUCUUUGCCGACGCGAAUGGGACGUUUUAUCUUCUCAACAACCAGGUCUUCUCCGGCUUGGAAGAUAACAUUACCGCUCAUCCCCAGUUGUCCCAGUCCAUUGACAGACGCAACACGUCGAGCGUUCCAUCUGUGACACCGCUUCAUAUGCCAGGCGCGAAUAGCUACGGGUCGAUGUGGCUACGGGAAAGGUACGGAGGCGAGACCUCGGCUGCUUUCAAUCAAAUCCCCGGUCCCGUGGACGUCUGCCCGAACUAUCAGAUUCCAGACCUGCCUCCAAUCUGUGGAUUUCCCGGCAGAUCCAUUGCAGUUUACGACGGCAUUCUGGCUUCGGCUGCGGAGGGCUUGAACAGACACCCAGAGAUGUACGUGAGCCAUGACGAAGGCGUGACAUGGGAGACAUUUCCCUUGACUGAUAGCCGAGGCAACUUCGUGGCAAACGGCACCGACCCCAUACUGGCCAAGUCUGACAUUGGUAUUCCUAGUGAUCCGACGCUGUGGGUGUCCACAGACCCUACCUCAACGGGUCGUUUCGCGCUUAUGGUUCCACGCGACUUCACGCCGGGAACUUACAUCACAGAUACCGCAGGCGAAAAUUUCACAGGUCCAGCCGUUAUUUAG